AUGGGUAGUGAAAUGAAGCAGCGCAGUGUGCGCUCUGCAGUAGAGCCGAAGCCAUGCAAAAAUGACGAAGAUAAUGUUGAAAACAGAAGAGAGAAAUCAUCGAGAAGACAGACACAUGCCCUACGUCGGCCAAAGAAGAGUGCAUCGCGAGUGGAUCAAUACUCAUUUCUGCUGUCCUCUACGUUCUUUUUACUACUGUAUUUGGUAAGCUUGGUUAAACCGGAAGCCACGCGCAAAUUUACGUCGCUACAAUACAAGUAUCCUGGCAAGCUGGACGCAUACGAUAUCGGGAUUGAUGACACCUACAUCGUUGUCACGUGCAUAGUGGCCUUAGUUCUCGUCCGGUCCUGCCUUUUGGAGUACGUGCUUAAACCUAUAGCAUUGACCAAGUUCCACAUUCGAACACACAAGUCACAGCAGCGGUAUGCAGAACAAGGCUGGUCGCUUGCGUACUACACAUUUUCAUGGACUUAUGGUUUUUAUUUGUACUACAAAUCGCCAUAUUUUCUAAACUGUGACCACAUUUAUCUCGAGUGGCCUCAUGACUGCCUUUCUGGCACUUUCAAGCUAUAUUACCUGCUGCAAAUGGCCUCAUGGCUCCAACAGAUUUUAGUUUUGAAUGUGGAAGAGAGGCGGAAAGAUCACUGGCAAAUGUUCGCCCAUCAUAUCAUCACUUGCCUACUCACACUCGGAUCUUACUACUACUACUUCAGCCGUAUCGGCCACGUUAUACUGAUCAUGAUGGACAUUGUAGAUGUGCUUUUGUCUAGUGCCAAGAUGCUCAAAUAUUGUGGCUUUUCAACCGCCUGCGAUUACAUGUUUGCCAUUUUUUUGGUGUUCUGGGUUCUACUCAGACACAUUGCAUACAACUAUAUUUUCUACCACGCCGGCACUAAAGCUCCUGGUCUUAUGGCUAAUGGGCAAUGCUUGGCUUUCAUUGAUCAAAAGAGGUGUUGGACACCUUUCAUCAUUGACGUGUUUUUAUGGCUAUUGGGAGGGCUACAAGUUAUCACCAUUAUCUGGAUGGCUCUAAUUGUAAAAGUGUUGAUAAAAAUCAUAAAAGGUGGGAGUGCCGAGGAUGUCAGAAGCGACGCCGAUGACAGCGAAUAG